AGCUGUCUGACCUGUGCUCUUAUCCUCUUUAGCCCAACCUUCCCAUCUCAAAGUAUAUUGCAAUGGACGUAAUCUCUCAGAGAUCUUCAUCUUCAACUUUGAAUCCCAACGCUCCGUCGUUCGUACCUUUGGCUUAUCGGACGGUGGAGGACUUCUCCGAGCAGUGGUGGAACCUGGUCCAGUCCUCCCCUUGGUUCCGCGCUUACUGGCUCCAAGAGCGCUUCCAGGAUCCUCAAAAUAACCCUAACCUUUCCGAUAUUGAAGACCUUGACCUCCCCGACAUCGACGCCCUCUUCGACGACUACAACGUAGACGAAGAUAAGCGUGAACAGGAAGAAGACAGAGACUAUUGCAGGGAUUUGGUUUCAAUGGGGUCGUUGAAAUGGCGGAAAGCGCGAGUUUUAGCUGAAGUUCCGAGGUAUAUAGAGAAGGCCCCAAAGAUUGUCAAUGUGAAAGCGAGUCCGCGAAACAUUCAGCAACCGAGGUAGACUGACUCACUGAGUCGUAUGUACAAGAAGACCCAGUAGAUGAGCAUGUAUUUGCUGUAGUUUUUGUACAUCAUAAACCCUGACUUGGAUGUCAUGGAAACUUCCUGUUUUGUACAUUUGUUCUAUUUUCUUAUUACUUGGUUUAAUAAUUUAUCUCUGGUUUUAAUUUAUAUAAACAUCGAACCUUUUAAUUGCCUA